AUGGCAGCUCCUCCGCCUCUGCCUGUGCGUACCUCUCACACACUCGCCGGUCUCACCUCUCCCGGCGUGUCGCUCGGCAUGGUCUCUUCGGGGUCAGAAUACCUCGCAUUCUUGACCUGGAAGAAGGCAAACUCUGAAGCUCUCGCUACGCCUGUACGUCUCUUCAUCGCUGUAUCCAAGCUGGAACCUGCACCUACGCCCCCUCUCCCACCGCCCGACGCGUUGACCAUCGACAGCCUUGCCUCCCAGACUCAAAAUAUCUCUCUCCAAGCUACUGAGGCUUCGCCAAGCGGCGGCUGGGACUCUACUGCCGUACAGCCACCUACCACCAACCCCGCACCACCAGCUCUUUCAGUGUCCCCAGUGGCAUCUACAGAGCCCGCCAAGGCCGUCUACAAGCCCCCUCCCUCCCGAUCCUCGACCCUUGUCGCGCAGAUCAACAAUGUCCUCGAGCCUCCUACCCAACCUCGGAAACGGCCAUCCGACAAGGUCUCCUGGCGCCCUGGAGCGCAAGCCGAUGGUAUCACGCCUCCUACCCCGAUGUCCGCCGGUGCAGCUGCGCCUCAAGGGCAGAACGGCGCCGGAUGGGGUCAGCCACCCUCUCCCUUGGCUCAAUUCCAUACCCAAGUUUCGGCUAUCAAUCGUGGUUCCGUUGCUUGGGGUUCACCCUCUACGGCACCGAGUACGCCGCUUCCUGCAGGCGAGGGUGGACAAGGUUGGGGUCAGCACCCUGCUCCCGCUGUUCCUGUCGCCCAGCCACAAACUCUCCCCCCGCCUGCUCAAGUUCAAGCUCCUCCCGCCGAAGCUCCAGUGCGGCACGAACAAGGGGCUUGGGGUCAGCCCGCUUCGUUGCCAUCUCCGGCUCCUCAGGCGGAAGACGCUGGUGGCUGGGGUGCUACCGCACCUCCACCUUCUUCUACUCUCGCUUCUACCCCUGGCACUGUCGAGCAAACUCCAGGCUGGGGCGCUCCAGCGACUGCAGCGCCUACUCCCGCCUUGACAGCCGACUCUGGUACUACCUGGAACACUAAUGCUCCUGCUUCCACUCCUUCUUUCGAGCAACAGUCUCCUGUCCCUGCCAAUACACAGACACAGCCGAUGAAGUAUUCUGCCCAGCCUCAGCUACAAGAGCCGGCACUUGUUCAACAGCAGCUGAUCCCUUUAGGAAGAGAGUAUGUGGCGUGGCAGUCUUAUACCUACACCACUCCCGUUCAACCAGUGUCGGAAAUCCUGGAAGAAAUGCGCCGGGGGCGAGUAUCGUCUUUCACCAAAAAGUCUGGUGGUGGCUCCGGCUUCGGCGCCGUUCGAUAUAAUGGGUACCGAUCCAGAGGCGCAGAGCCAAGUGUCGCCUUGGACGGUGCGGGAAAGAGGCAGGAGUGGGGAGAGAGAAAGUCGAGCGCGGUGCCCAUUGUGGCGCCAGUUGAAGAACCUCCUGCGCCUUCUGGGGGUCCCGCGCAUGUCGAGGGGGGAUGGGGUGCUGAACCUGCUCCGAUUCCAGCGCCUACUUCUGCCCCUACUUCUGCGCCAGACAAUGGGCAAGGAGGAUGGGGUCAGCAGCCCCAGCCCCAAGAGGCAGCUCCCCAACCCAAGCCGACUGCACCCGCACCUGACAAUGGUCAAGGGGGAUGGGGUCAGCAGCCACAGUACCAAGAGCCGGCUCCCCACCCCUCGGUCCCAGCACCUACUUCCGCACCGGACAAUGGGCAAGGAGGAUGGGGUCAACAGCCCCAGCCCCAAGAGGCGGCUACUCAACCCAAGCCGGCGGCCCCCGCACCCGGUAUACACCCUUCCAGGUUGGCGAUGCUCGGCGGUGAUCCUCGUCCUUCGCCUGUGCCUCCCGUUGACAACUAUGGACCCCCUCCUAGCGUUGACUCUGGCCGUGGUGUGGACAAUGGCUGGGGCAAUCGGGCCAACCGCAACGGUGGUAACAGCAACAGCUACGAGGCACCUCCUCACAUGGCGUAUCGUCAGCCUUCUGUCCCUGCCAGGCCUCCUACCGCCGCCGCCACUCCUACCCAGACUUCUUUCACCCCCGGCUCGGCCCCAGGUAUCCAUCCGGCUCGACUGGUCAUGAUGGGCGGUGGUCCUCGUCCUUAUUGA